AGGACCAUACUUUGAGGGCACAAGAGGCUCAGCUGCUCUGGCUUUGCAACCCUAAAUUUGAACUGCUCAACCGCGCAGCUGACAAAAUCAUGAGAAAACCCAAAGAAGCAAAGCCUGAAGAGGACCUGUCGCGCAACCCACGGCAGCUCAGCGUGAAAACCCACUGUGGCACAGCAGCCUCUGCCCCACUUCCCCAUGGUGGGGCCGCCUGGGGUGACGCUAGUGAAGCCACUUCCUGGCAGUUUUGCGACACAAAGGCAGAAGCAGAAAGGGGACAGAGAGAGGCUGAGCAGCGCUGCGAGGAAGGACCUGGGGACCCUGCAUCCCGCUGCCACCGCGCCAUGUCCCUGGUGGAGACGAUCCGUCUGUGGCAAGAAGGGGUGUGCGCGGCAGAUGGGAAGGAGUGGCGGGCAGCCCUGGACGCCUUCAUGGCUGUCCAGCACCCCCCUGCCAAAAUCUGCUUCAACAUCGGCUGCAUCCACCUCGUCCUGGGGCAGCUGGCCGAGGCGGAGGAGGCGUUCACCCGGAGCAUCGGCUGUGACAAGCACCUGGCAGUGGCUUAUUUCCAGCGGGGGACCGUGUUUUAUCGCAGGCAGAACCAUGAAAAAGCCAUCGAGGAUUUCAAAGAGGCGCUGGCCCAGCUGCGAGGCAACCAGCUCAUCGACUACAAGAUCCUGGGGUUGCGAUACAGGCUUUUUGCUUGCGAGAUACUCUAUAACAUCGCACUGGUGUUCGCCACGCUGGAGGACUGGAAGAAAGCUGAGGAGCACCUGACGCUGGCCAUGAGCAUGAAGAGCGAGCCCCAGCACAACAAGAUCGACAGGGCAAUGGAAGCCAUCCUGAAGCAGAAGGUCUGCGAGCUCGUGGCCAUUCCUGCGGGGAAGCUGUUCAGACCAAACGAAAAGCAGGUGGCUCAGCUGGAGAAGAAGGACUACCUGGGAAAAGCUAUGGUGGUGGCAUCUGUGGUGGAUAAAGAUGAUUUUUCAGGAUUUGCUCCACUCCAACCACAGGCCACUGGUCCUCCGCCCAGGCCCAAGACCCCAGAGAUCCUCAGGGCUCUUGAAGGGCAGCCGCACCGCGUCCUGUAUGAGUUCAUCCCCGAGACCAGUGAGGAGCUGCAGGUCCUGCCAGGAAACAUCGUCUUUGUCCUGAAGAAAGAGAAGGACAACUGGGCUACAGUGAUGUUCAACGGGAAGCAACAAACCUUCGCAGCUCAUGGACUCUCCUGGAGUCAGGGCAGGGACAAGCUCAGCUACAUCCUCCAGCAGCGUGUUGCCUCCUUGCCAAGGAAUCCCCACUCAUCUCUCCUUCCUCUGCAGAAAGGAAUUGUCCCCUGCAAUUUCCUUGAGCCCAUGGAGCUCCAGAACAAGCCGCACAUCCAGGAAGAAAACUCUCCAGAAGCCAAGAUCCCAGAGCCACCCAGCUCCAGCGCUCCGGAGAAGCCGCGGCGGCCAGCACCAGACCAUGCUCCUGUGACUCCGGCACAACUGAGAGAAGCAGCCAAGGAGCCCGAAGCAGCUGGCCCCGGCCCCCAUGUCCUCAAGGUGCAUCACAAAUACACGGUCGCCCUGCAAGUCGAGCCAGGCCUGUCCUACCGGGAGCUCCUGGACCUGGUUUGUAAGAAGCUGGAGCUCCAGCCCGAGCACACAGAGCUGAGGUACAAGCCUGCGGAGAGCCAAGCGCUGGUGACUCUGAGCACAGAGAACCUCGGGCAGGCUUGGAGCCAGAGCAAGGACAGCUGUCUGACAGUCUGGUGCGACAUCACGGAGGGAGAAGGGUUUUUACCCGACAGCAAACCAGAGGAGUCACCACAGAAGGCAAUGCUGGAGGAGACGGGACUAACCCAAGUUGUAGCACAGUACAAUUACGAAGCCACCCAACCUGAAGACCUGGAGUUUCAGGCAGGAGAUGUGAUACUCGUUUUAUCCAAAGUGAAUGAAGACUGGUUAGAAGGGCAAUGCAAUGGGAAGAUUGGCAUCUUCCCCUCCGCUUUCGUUCAAAAGCCUGAUGCUGAAGACCCGGAGAUGUGAUUUCGGAAGAGCUAAAGGAGUUGUGGGAAGAAAUUAAAAACCAACUAUUGCAACUGAGAAGUUCCCAUAUUAAUCACUGCAUCUGAAAAUGGACUUGAAUUAUUAUUGCUACUUGUACUAAAAGCUUUAUUUUUUAUUUUUACCUUCUGCAUUGUUCUCUAAAAACCCCCUGUGCUUACUGAGAGACUUGCCCCAUCCUCAAAACACACAAGCUGCAGAUACAGCACUGGGGGCACUUUGCUUCCAAGAGACCAAGGGCAGCGGUUUCCCCAUUUUGGAUCCUACCGAGCGUUCUGGACAAACUCACUCUCACAAUAACCUAAAUCUCACCUUUCUUUUUGAGACAGCUUAUCCUGAGGGGCUGUCUGGAUACAAUAAACACCCAUUGUUUUUUUAAAAAAA